AAAAAAAAAAUCGUGCGAAUUUCGCGUACAUUGUACACAAAAAAUUUAUUUUAAAAAAAAAAUACGUUACUGGGUACAUCCUUACAUCGAUGAUAGGCUUACUAGAGGUGGCUUUAUUACUUUAUUUUCGGGUUUACGAGAAAAUCUAGAUAAGUUUUUUAACUACUUCCGUAUGAGUGUUCAAUCGUUUGACAAACUUGCAGACAAAAUAACUGAUAUGAUAGAUACAAGAUACAAGGAUGAGACUCUGCAUACCUCCAAUGGAAAUGCUAGCUGUGACUUUAAGGUAUUUAGGCAGUGAAUGUGAUCAGGUAGAUUUACACUUGUCAUACAAAAUUGGACAUACAACUAUCGGUAAGAUUUUAAGAAAAUUAUGCAUUACAAUUUGGGAAUUACGCUGGAUAGAAAUUUCUCGAGGUUAUCAAAAAUAUGCCCUUUUACUGAAAUGCUUAGGUGCGAUUGAUGGAGAGCACGUACGAAUUAGAAAACAAAAUAAGAAUGGGUCAUUAUUUUACAACUAUAAUAAUUUCUUUUCCCUUGUUGGUCGAGGUUAGAAUAGACCAUCGGUUGUUCCUGCCUGUCAUAAAAAGCGACUAAAAGGGACUUGUAGUAGGGCAGCAGCUACUGCAAUAUUGGGCAUAGGCCAUGAACUACAUGUCAGGCAGCAUCUAACAGAUACAGGAAACUGUAUGAAUGAUGGCUGCACUGCGAUACGGAAGGCAACGGGAAACCACCGUAUUAAUAUCCCAAGUAACAGCAAUCAACAUAUCUUCUUCUCAAGUAAAAAAUUCCGGAGGUAAAAUAGUCACUCAUUCGGAUCUCCAAGUGGGGACUACAGGAGAUAUAUGAAGUAUUAAGGAUGUGAAGGAAUAUAAACGAAUAACAACUUAUAAUGUAAGGACUUUAUUACAAUGUGAGAAACUGGAGAAUCUGAAAAUAGAAAUGUACAAGAUGAAAAUCGAUAUUCUUGAAAUAUCAUAAAUGAGAUGGCCAAAGUCAGAAGACACCAUAGAAUAAUAUAUACAGGUGCAUCAGAGAAAAAACCUGGUACAGGAGGAGUAGGGAUUAUAAUGAAUAAAACUCUAGGAAAAAAAGUUAAAAGCUGUAUACAAUAUAACGAUAUCCUAAUCAAGCUUUAGAUGAAACCAAAAGAUACAAUAGUAGUUCAAGUUUAUAUGCCGACAUCAUACAGUAGCGACGAAGAGAUAGAAGAAGUAUACGGAAUUAUAGAUAAAAUAAUCGAAAAUGUUAAAGGGGAAGAGAAUUUGGUAGUUAUGGGUGAUUGGAAUGCCGUUGUAGGAGAAGAAAAAGUAAAUAAUGUAACAGGUGCCUUUGGGUUGGGAAGGCCAAAUGAAAGAGUAGAAUGCCUAUUCGAAUUUUGUACAGAACAUAACUUAAUUAUAAAAAAUACUUGCUUCGAUCACAAUCGAAGAAGAAGAUACACGUGGAAAAUGCCAGGAGACAUAAGUAGAUACCAAAUAGAUUACAUCAUGGUUAAGAACAGAUUUAAAAAUCAAGUAAAGGAAAGUAUAAGUUAUCCAGGAGCGGAUAUAGAUAGCGACUAAUAUCUAGUAGUGAUGAAAUGCGAACUUAAAUUUAAAAGAAUAAUGGGUAAAAAGAAGAAAAUAGUGCAGUGGAAAAUUAAAAAUCUGAGAUAUGAAAAAAUAAGCAAAAAAUUUAAUGAAGACACUAAUGAUGUAAUUAUUGAAGAAUCCUAAAAUAUUAAAGAAAUAUGGCUGAACUUAAAAGAUAUAAUUACAAUGGCUGCAACGAAAACUACAGGAAACAGCAACAAUGGAGCAAGAAAGAAAUGGAUUAUAACGAAAAUAGUCAACAUGAUAGAGGAAAGAAGAAAAUACAAGAAUUCGAAGAGUAUAGAUGGACAGAAAAAAUACAGAGUACUGAGGAAUCUAAUCAUUAGGAAAUUGAAGGGAGCAAAGAAAAAUAUUUGGUAAAAAAAGUGUAGUGAAAUAGAAACCCUCAUAAGGACAGGAAGUAAUGAUGAAGCAUAUAUAAUGGUGAAAAUGUUUUUUGGUCACCAUAAGCCCCGAGCAGGAGGAAUAGAAGAUAGCAACGGAAGAAUGCUAUAUGAACAAAAUGAUAUAGCGAAAAGAUGGAAAGAAUAUCUAUAAAUCCUGUACAAGAGGGAAACACUCAAGAAAAAUGAAACCAACAAAUCAAAAAAAAAAA